GAACGCUUUGAGGAACACUGUGCCAAGUGCUCAGUACUUUGAAGAAGUUAUUAGAAAGUUAUAGGACGCUUAAAGGAUUCGAAAUUAACUUCUUUUUUCUUCAAUUUUUUCAUUUAUAUUGAACUUUUUCUCUAACGGAACAACGUAUCUAAUUGAGAGUCAUUCAUUUCUCAUUUCAAUGGAAUCGUUUGCUAUUUUAAUCGUUGUUUUUUUAUGUGUUUCAUAUCUCUAAUGGUAUCAAUGGGCUUGGUUGUACUAGAAUAUUCGCUGGUGACGCUUCAACCGACUUAUGGGUAUUGCUAAUAAUAUAGAAUUAUUGAAUACCAGUGUUGGAAGAAGAUGGAGCAGUUAUCAAACGGUACUAGAAUAUAAAAUGGAGGUCGAGUGUCUCAAAUUGGCAGGACUUUGGUAUCUGUCAUCGGACACUUCUGAUUGCGUCAAGGUGAUUUACUGGAUUUAUAAUAAAAUUGUGUUUGCUGCCAUCGCCAUUUUUAGUAUUGGCCUUCUUACGGAUAUUAUCAUUAAUUACAAGGAUUUAGUGACUUUCACGGACAGUGGUUGUAUUUUUGUUGGCAUAUCGGUUGUAAGUUUCAAAGCUGUCGUUUUCCAGUGUAAGAAGUCAAGGAUUGACAGGCUUGUCCAUUCGGUCAGACAGUGUGAGUCUUGGACGAGUGAUUUGGUUGAUCCUGCCGCAAUGUCGCUGCUGAAGAAAUACAAAAUUCGAGAAAGGGUGACAAUCUUGGGAUUCUCAUGUUUGGGAUGUGUGCUGGUGAUAGCUCUGAUAUUUUUUGUACCAAGAGAAACAGGAGAACUGCCAAUACGUUGUCGGUAUCCUUUUGACACAACGGUGACACCGAUGCACCAGAUUGUAUUUGGGAUACAGAGUUUUGCUGUUGCUGUAGGAAUGAUCGCCAUUAUUGGAAUGGACAAUACCGUCUUCGUUCUUUGUGGUCGUGUGCUGUUUCAGCUGGAAAUAUUAGCUGCGAAUUUUCAAAGUUGUUCGCUGGAUAUUAACGCCUCUGGUGGAAGAUCUGAAACUAAUCCUCAUAAGGAUUUCACCUGUUUCCGGCACACAAUAGACUGCGGAGGCUUUUUUGAGAGAUACCGGAAGUGCGUCAUGCAUCAUCAAUAUCUUAUUUUAUUAGUUGAUGAAGUGAAUGAUGUAUUUGGCUCAUCCAUGUUUUCCCAAUUACUGAGCAGCAGCUUGAUAAUAUGCUUGACAGGAUUUCAAUCAUUAUUGGUGGUUGGGCACGGUACGAAUUUUUUGAAAUUUGCUAUUUACCUAGGAGCAGCUUUCAGCCAAUUGCUUUAUUGGUGUUGCUUAGGAAAUGAACUGAGUCAUCAAAGUUCCCUUUUACUGGAAUCCCAAUGGAAAUCAGGCUGGGAAAUGCAGCCGGCAAAGAAAGUACUUCAUCCAAUGGUAUUUUCAAUGAUGAGAUCCAAUAAGAAGCUUGAGCUGAAAGCUAGCAAUUUUUUUAUAAUGUCCACAGAGACAUUCAUAACGAUUCUUAGCAAAUCCUAUUCCAUAUUUGCUUUAUUAAAUAACAUGAUUCAGUAAACUGAAUAUGAUUAUUUAAACGGCCCGGAUAACUUUCACAAUGAAGUCAUAAUAAUAUUAUAGAUCGAUAUCAAAUCACUAGACUGUGUAAGAUAAUUAACACGUAGAUUGAUUGUUCAAUGCAACCAAUCAUACACAUGUUAUCCACAAGUCAUUAAUUCCGCUCAGAAAACUUUUGUGAAUGAUCAAUGAUGAAAUAACGAUGGGGCUCUAUGAUUUCAAGAAUUUCCUAGAAGCUCAAUCAUUAAGCGAUGAAUCGAAGUUCUAUGAUACUCAGAAUUACAGAUGGAUAUGCAUACGUGAACGAGGGAAAGAAAAGGAAAAGAAUAAUCCAAACAGACACGUUGAGGUGACGAGAGAAAAAAGUAAAGAAAUUAUUAGAAACUGUAAAACGACGCCGACGUCUCAAUGGAAUUAAUUAAAGCGCUUUGAGUCGACGACCCGAAAACUGUAAUGCCCGAUCCGGUUCCUCAACUUAGUGAAUUUUUAAUUGGUUCUUCACAAGGAGCAAAUCGGCAUCUCUGAUCGAUUCUCGUCUGGUCCUUGAAUUGAGAGAAAUACAAAUUUCAUAUAUACGCAGGAUCGAUCAACGAUCUACGUCACUUGAAUCAUGCACUCAUAAAACAAUGAUACAUUUCAUAGCCAUCAUAAUGAUUCUUACAUUUGGGAGAAGCUUGAAAACUAUUAGCAAUACAAAAAAAAAUAUACUAUCAUGAAGGUAAUAAAAUAUUAUGAGUAUAUUAAA